AUGAAGGAACUCCCCUUAUGUGACAAAGAACAAGAAGUGCCUGACAAUAACAACUCCAAGAAAGCCCAGGAGCGAUUCCAGGCUAUGGAAGACCUGGUGAAGGCGUUCAGAAAAACCCUCGCCACCACCGCCAUUGAACGUCCGCCACUACCUGAAGCCACCAUCAAGAACUUUCUCUUCCAGACCGGCCAGCAAGUCAAAGUCGUCCACAACACCUUCCCCUCGCUUGCCAAAAUCAAGGCUUUGUCACAAGGAACUAUGGGCGUGAGUGUGCAGAGUGAGGCCAGUAUGAUCGCCCCUCACGAUAAUGACAAGUAUACCGCCAAAGACAAGUGUAAAGCGUGGAACAAGAUCCGCUAUGUGUCUGCUGAGAUUGCCGCACAAGGUGUCCAGGCUAUCCGCAUCCCUAACUCUCCCUACCAACCAGUUGUGUCCCAGAUCUUCGCGGCUGGCUGGAUGGACAAGAUAGAGAGCAAGGCUGUUGGCAGUGGUAUCUUGGCUUUUGACGCCGGCAUAGGUAAGACCCUGUCUUGCUUGCUGCACCACUACAACCAGUAUCGCAAGAAGCUGCUGGCUUAUAACACGCGUGUUGCUACAGCUGGUAGUAAGAAGGAGAAGCUGCCUAUCUAUAAGCCCAGCAUCAUGAUUUGCCCCGCCGUGGUUGUCGCGGUCUGGUUUACAGAGAUUUAG